UUCUUCCUCUCUUAUUUUUCAUUAUCUACCAUGAAUGAUGAUGGUAAUCACAAAACAUCCACGUUGGAUCUUAAUCUUCAACUUGGAUUAGGAUUCCAUGUGGAAAAAAAUGUGAACAAAUCAUUGGUUAAUUCAAAAAAUGAUUUGGCCUUUGAGUUGAGUUUGAAGAGAGGCUAUGUUGAAGAACAAGUUGAAGAAGAAGAUGAAGAAAUUGCUAUUAACACCUCCAAUGACAGGAACGGGUGCAGUAAGAAAUUGAGGCUUACAAAGGAGCAAUCUACCAUGCUUGAAGAUGCUUUCAAGCUUCAUAACACCAUCAACACUGCUCAGAAACGGGCACUUGCUGAGAAAUUGAAUUUAAAGCAAAGACAAGUUGAAGUUUGGUUUCAGAACAGAAGAGCAAGGACUAAGCUAAAACAAACAGAAGUAAACUGCAUAUUCCUAAAGAAAUGUCAUGACAAACUAAGUGAAGAAAAUCAAAAGCUGAAGAAGGAAUUAGAAGAGUUACGUGCAUUAAAAGUUGUUGCACCAAACACAACUCAAUCAUCCUCUAAAGCUGCAGAUUGGAACAUUUGUUCAUCAUGCAAGAAAAUAUGGAAGCCCAAUGAAGAAGAAGAUGUGGUUAGAAAGAGCAGCCAUAGCACCAUAGAGUUAGAUUAGAGGCUAUAAUAAUAAUAAUAAUAAUAAGAUUUAAUUUAAUUAAUUGAUUAAGAAUAUUAUUAUUGUUAUUAUUAUUGAAGUGUCAUAAUCAGUCCAUGCAUCAAAUUAUGUUGUAUAGGACUGCGGUAGGGUGGAUAAAGAUAUUAGAUAUCUUUAUUAAAUGGGAUUUAUCAGAGUUAAUUGGUAACAAUUUUCUUUGAUUUGUUUUGUGGUUUUUGAAUGUAAAUGAAUAAAUGAAUGAAUAAAAUGUG